AUGGCAGGAGUUGGUAGUAUUCCAGUGGGAGUUGGGAUGAUGCUAAGUAUAAAUCUGGAUCAGUUGCACUUGUGGUUAUCUGUUCUGGAAGAUCUUUUCUUGAUUUCAGGUAUUUUUGAUGUGUGGCAUCCUGUGGAGAAUUCAGAAGAAGAUAGGAAGGAUGGAAUAAAAGGAACAUACAGAGUGGAUGUUGACAUUCCUGCUAAUGAUUGGAUAAAUGUCACCAAGUUCUAUGAUGUGCUAAUUUUCAACACCGGACACUGGUUGGAUAGAUAUAAAUUCCCAAAAGAUACUCCCCUUGUUUUCUACAAUGGAGGAAAGCCGAUUGAACCUCCACUUGACAUACACAACGGACUGAAAGUAGUCCUCAAAAGUAUUGCUUCUUACAUCGAAAGGGAGGUUCCUAGGAAAACACUGAAGCUGUGGCGCACACAGUCACCUAGGCACUUCUAUGGAGGUGAGUGGGAUCACAAUGGCAGCUGUGUAUCUGAUAGACUUCUUGAAGAGCAUGAGCUCAAUUCUUGGUUUGAUCCCCGGUUUGGGGGAGUGAACAAAGAAGCGAGAACGGUGAAUUUAGCAAUUCAGGAAGCCCUAGCUGACACUGAAAUCCAGUUGCUCAACCUCACUUACAUGAGCGAGUUCCGUGCUGACGCCCAUCCAGCUAUCUGGCUCGGCAAGAAGGACGCGGUGGCUGUCUAUGGACAGGACUGCAUGCAUUGGUGCCUGCCUGGCGUGCCGGACACAUGGGUCAACAUCUUGGCUGCACAGAUCUUGCAUCACUUCAAGCAAGGGAAAGGCUGA